CCUGUGGCUGAGAGCAGGAAGCAGAAAACGGGCGGAUGGAGGAACAGUUAGUCGGUCGGGGAUCCUCUUUAAUCGGUGAACUCUCAGACUGAACCGUGUUUUUCUCCGGUUUAAGGAGCCGUGAGCUCGCGCUAAGCUCUCCGGGACUACACCCCGCACCGCUGGAGCGACUUAGACCCGCUUUAAACCGCGCAUUUUAAACGCCCAGCCGUUUGGACUCAGACAAGGGCGUGUGUGUAUGUGUGUGUGAGUGAGUGAGUGUGUGUUAGAGAGAGAGAGAGAGUGUGUGUGUGUCGGGUUGUUGUCGGGGAGAAGAAGCCUUGGAUGGUGGAUAGUGUGUGUGAGUGUGUGUGUGAGAGAGAGAGUGUGUGUGAGGGAGGAUGGGCUGCACGCUGAGCACCGAGGACAAGGCGGCGGUGGAGAGGAGCCGCAGAAUAGACAGAAAUCUGCGGGACGAUGGAGAGAAAGCAGCGCGAGAGGUUAAACUGCUGCUGCUGGGAGCGGGAGAGUCGGGGAAGAGUACAAUAGUCAAGCAGAUGAAAAUCAUCCAUGAGGCAGGUUACUCAGAGGAGGAGUGUAAGCAGUAUAAGGCAGUGGUGUACAGUAACACCAUCCAGUCCAUCAUCGCCAUCAUCCGCGCCAUGGGACGCCUGAAGAUCGAUUUUGGGGACGCAGCCCGAGCGGACGAUGCUCGGCAGCUGUUUGUGUUAGCGGGCAGUGCAGAGGAAGGCUUCAUGACGGCUGAGCUGGCUGGAGUGAUAAAGCGUCUGUGGAAGGAUGGAGGAGUGCAGGCCUGCUUCAGUCGCUCCCGAGAGUAUCAGCUCAACGACUCCGCUGCAUAUUAUCUGAACGAUCUAGACAGGAUAUCACAGUCCACCUACAUCCCCACGCAGCAGGACGUCCUGAGGACCCGCGUCAAGACCACGGGCAUCGUGGAGACUCACUUCACCUUCAAGGACCUGCACUUCAAGAUGUUUGAUGUCGGAGGUCAGCGGUCAGAGAGGAAGAAGUGGAUCCACUGCUUCGAGGGCGUGACUGCCAUCAUCUUCUGCGUGGCUCUCAGCGACUACGACCUGGUGCUGGCCGAGGACGAGGAGAUGAACCGGAUGCAUGAGAGCAUGAAGCUGUUCGACAGCAUCUGCAACAACAAGUGGUUCACAGACACGUCCAUCAUCCUGUUCCUCAACAAGAAGGAUCUGUUUGAGGAGAAGAUUAAAAAGAGCCCACUUACCAUCUGUUACCCUGAGUAUGCAGGCUCCAACACGUAUGAGGAGGCAGCAGCGUAUAUCCAGUGUCAGUUUGAGGAUCUGAACAAGAGGAAGGACACUAAGGAGAUCUACACACACUUCACCUGCGCCACCGACACCAAGAACGUCCAGUUUGUCUUCGACGCCGUCACCGACGUCAUCAUCAAGAACAACCUGAAGGACUGCGGACUCUUCUAGAACCUCCCACGGUGGAGAUGACAGUGUUUGGUGUUUUUUCCCCAUGAGGCUGUGUGUGUGUGUGUGUGUGUGUGUGUGUGUGUUGGAGCAGUGCUGUACAUUGCGUCUGGUCCCUCUGCUUCAUAUUUAUGCUUUUUGUCUCUCUCUUUAACGUCUUUACCCAGAGAAGGGAGAGGUGUAAGGUUUUAACGCUCGUAGCCAUGACGCUUUUUAUUUCCCGCCUUUCUCUCACAUUCUAUUGUGUGUUUUUUUUAAUGAUGUUUUCCUGAAAUGGACGUGUUUUUAAUCCUCUUCCUCUCCCGUGUCCAUCGUGGACAAUUUUUUACAGCAGAGGGACUUUUUGGCUGUCGGGUGUUUGUGCCUUGCCGUGAUUUUUUUUUUUUGCUCAUGUGCAGUGUUCUUUUUUUAAAUUUCUUUUUUUCUUAAGAUCUCCUAACGUCUACUCUGUAAAUAGAACUUCAUAAUUGGUGAAAAGGGGCGGGGCUUAGAGCUAACACCAGAAGAGGGUGUGGCCUAUAUAAAAAGGGCAGGAGAGGGUGGAGCUUAGAGCUAAUGCCGGAAGAGGGCGUUGCUUAUUGAAAAGAGGCAGGAGAGGGUGGGGCUUAUAUAAUAAGGGCAGGAGAGGCGGAGCUGAGGGUAAACUGGAUCAGCAGACUUGUAUGUCACUGAUUAAUUUCUUGACAGAACACUGUGUGGUUGUUUAGCUAAGCUACACUGAUGCUAACUGGAUUAGCUUAGCUGGUGUCAUCUCUUCGGUCACGAUCUGGUCUUAAGCAGCUAGCUAGCAUUACGGAAUGUAACACAGUAGCGCUAUUAACUGCACUAGUCAGCGGCCCAGUGACAAAUAAAGGUUCAGCAGCGUUAGCUAUGCUAGCCGCAUGCCUAAACAGUGCGCUAUGCUAAUCUAUUUCACUUCAUUAGCACUGCACCUCUAGUAGUAGCUGCGUUAGCUUAGUAGCAUGCUAAACUGGCAUUGUGCACAAUACAAGCUUUAGGUAUGCAGUUUAGCGGUACGUUAGCUAACAGUGCUGGGUUAACGUUAGCCAGCUACGCUAAUGGUAAAGGAACCUCUGCAGCAACAGCUGGCAGCAUCUGGUAUUAUAUAAUGCUGUGAUGAGGUUAUGAUCAGUGAUGGAGGGGUUAGAUUUUACUUAAGCUCCGCCCAUUUUGGCCACGUGUGUGUGUGUGAGAGAUCAGAGCUGAAUGUUGGUCUUAAGCUCCGUCUCCAUGGCAACAAGUGGAUGCUUCAGACGGAGUGGCUCUGCUGUUGGAUGACGUGUGUGUGUCUGUGUGUGUGUGUGUGUGUGUGCGCUCUCUCUCCCAGAAGCCUCGGCUAGCCGCCAUCUCACACACUCACCUCUGAGGAUCUGUUUUAAAGUUUUAACAAACACACCUGUGUUGAGUAAUUCAUGUUGAUGAUGAUGAUGAUGAUGAUGAUGAUUACUCCACUCUCUCUUUCUCUCUCUCUCUGUGGGAACAUUUGUACACUCAUGUCCCUUAUUUUGCUAAUAAAAAGCAUUUGCAAUCCA